AUGGUGUUACUUCCAGCUGGCUCUUUCGACACGGCCGUGUGGAAAAAGCUGCUUCCGGAUCUAUCCAAUGAGCAAGUUGAUGCCUUAUGGAUCCGGAUCCUAGCAGAAAUCUCGAAGAGGACUGGAGCAGCCUGCUUGACGCAUCUAGCCGUGAACGAAGGGAUUCCUGCUGCUCUCCGCCACGGCACACCCGAAGAACCAGGUUGCGGGGAACACGAAAUGGGGGCUGAUCAUGCGCCAGAAAACAUAUUACGUAGCCCGACCGGCCUUCGUAUCUUACAUGGGGAUUUCGGCCCCGCCCCUGCUGAAGAUACAGCCCCGGAUUUUGAGCGUGGAUUCUGGGCCUCAACGAGGCAGAACGGCGUGUUCCAGACGUGGGCACCCCGAUGGACCAUGUUCAGCCGAGGGAACAUUAAGGAGAAGGCGCGUCUGCUCAACUUUCGGGACAGAAAAGACGUAGAAGAGAGACAGUCGCAAGAGGACGCCUGGGCAGUUGACUUGUACGCGGGUAUUGGGUACUUUACCUUCUCGUACGCCAAGCUAGGUAUGCGGGUACUGUGCUGGGAGCUGAACCCAUGGAGUGUGGAGGGCUUGCGCCGUGGCGCCGUGGGAAACGGCUGGUCAGUGCGGGUUGUGAAAGAUGAACAUGACCUCGCAUUGCCAAUGAAAGAAGUAGUAAGCGGAAGUGAGCAGAUCAUAGUCUUCCUAGAAGAUAACAGACGUGCUGCGCAAAGAAUUAGAGAGCUAAGCAAGUUGGAUAUAUCCCAUGUCAACUGUGGCUUAUUGCCUACCAGUGAUGCCUCUUGGAAAGACGCUUGGGAGAUUGCAACGCGCAAUAAAGCGGAAAAAGCGUGGCUUCACCUACAUGAGAACGUAGGGGUGGCCGAUAUUGAGAAGCGCAAGGAAGAUAUCGAACAGUAUUUUUCGGAAUUAACAACCCACGAUAACAGUGGCAGUUCCGCGCGCAUAGAGCAUACGGAGCUUGUUAAGACCUUUGCGCCGGGAGUUUGGCACUGCGUCUUCGACCUGUACAUUACAAGGUCUAGCACCAUAAUAUAA